CUGCAGUGUCAUGCCCUGGAGCCCCUGGGCACUGCUGCUGCUGCGGCUACUGGCAGUGCUGUGGCCACCGGGGCUGGGGGAGGCGUGCAGCUGUGCCCCUGCCCACCCCCAGCAGCACGUCUGCCACUCUGCACUUGUGAUUCGGGCCAAAAUCUCCAGUGAGAAGGUAGUUCCUGCCAGUGCAAACCCUGCUGACAGUGAAAAGAUGGUGCGGUAUGAAAUCAAACAGAUAAAGAUGUUUAAAGGGUUUGAGAAAGUCAAGGAUGUUCAAUAUAUCUAUACACCAUUUGACUCCUCACUCUGUGGAGUGAAACUAGAAGCCAACAGCCAAAAGCAGUACCUGCUGACUGGCCAGGUCCGUGGUGAUGGAAAAGUCUUCAUCCAUCUGUGCAAUUACAUUGAGCCCUGGGAGGACCUGUCCUUGGUGCAGAGGGAAAGUCUGAAUCAUCACUAUCUUCUGAACUGUGGCUGCCAAAUCACCACGUGCUAUUCAGUGCCCUGUACCAUCCCGGCCUCCAAUGACUGCCUCUGGACAGACUGGCUGUUGGAACGGAAGCUCUAUGGGUACCAGGCCCAGCAUUACAUCUGCAUGAAACAUGUUGAUGGCACCUGCCGUUGGUACCCGGGCCACCUGCAUCUCAGGAAGGAGCUUGUUGACAUCAUCCAGCCCUAGUAGGAAAUAGUGACUGCCUCAACCCUUCAAGAGUCCUGAAGACCAAAACCGUUCUCUUUUCCCCUGUGGCGCUCUGACCAUCACCACCUGCUCUGUUGCUGCUAACCAACAGAAAGUAACAAGCGGACGGCCAGACCAGCAUCAUGGCAGGGAUGGACCAUG